GGAAGGGGAGGCUGGAGAGGAGCGAGUGGGGGAAACCCGCGUAGCCGAGGGAGCUGCAGCGCGGGGAGAUGGUGGCCUGUGGAGCCCCCCACCGCCAUUCAGGUCCUGAGAUGUGGUGAACCCCCGCCUGUCUGCCACCAUUCCCCAGAAUGGACCGAGGGGGCCUCCUUCCCUUCCAGCUGUGGUGCCCCCGGCCCUUUGGCACCUACUCCCAGAACCAGCCGCGCCCGCCUUCCGCAGCCCUCAAGCCGUCAGCCUGUCCUGAGCCAGGUGGGGGGGCGGAGCCAGACCAUGGCCCUGCCCACUCAGAAAACACACCCCCAGCCUUGGCCACGGAGGCUCCUGCCUCCCAGCCUGCCCCGCUCCUUUCAGCAGCCGCUGCCGGCGACGAGGGUCGAGUCCUGCUGGACACGUGGUACGUUAUCAAGCCCGGGAAUACAAAGGAGAAGGUGGCCUUCUUUGUGGCCCACCAGUGCGGUGGAGGCAGCCGGGCCAGCUCCAUGAAGGUCAAGGGGCACUGGGGCAGUGACAGCUCCAAGGCCAAGCGGAGGAGGCGCUGUCUUGAGCCUACGAAGGCUCCUCCGGACCCAGGGGGACAAGACGGGCCCCCUGCUGCUGAGGGGGUCCCAGCCUCAGCCAGUGAGGAUGUGGACCUGCUCUCUGUGGCCGAGAUGGUGGCCCUGGUGGAACAGCGGGCCGCCCUGGCCCUGCAGAGCUACCCGCGCCCGAGCACCCCAGCGCCUGUGGUCUAUGUGUCGGCCGAACAGGGUGGGCCUGCCAAGGGGCUGGGGUCCGAACGGCGGUCUGGUGGCGGGGACUGCAGCCGUGUGGCGGAGGCCGUGGCCCACUUCGAGGCUCAGCGGGACAACCCUCCAGCCAAAGGCCUCCGCAAGGAGGAGCGGCCCGGGCCAGGCCCUGGGGAGGUGCGCAUCGCCUUCCGGAUCUCCAAUGGCCGAGAGCCCCGUGCACCGGAUGGCAGCUUGCCCAACGGGAGCGGGGGCCGGCCGGGUUGCGCCUACCCUGGCAGCCCGGGUCCUGGGGCCCGGGCCAAGGACAAGAUCACCUGCGACCUGUACCAGCUCAUCAGCCCCUCUCGGGAUGCCCUCCCCAGCAAUGUGGAGUUUCUGCUGGCUAGGGCGGAUGAAGCCAGCGAGGGUGAGACCCCAGCCCCUGCCAGGCCCGAGGACACUCCCCCGGCCCCCCCUCCACCCCCUGCCCGGGACUGUGGCGCAUCAGGCUUCCAUGUGGAUGUGGUGGUGACGGGGGUGGUGGAUGAGUGCAUCUUCUUCGGCAAGGAUGGCACCAAAAACGUGAAGGAGGAGACGGUGUGCCUGACCGUCAGCCCCGAGGAGCCACCCCCGCCUGGCCAGCUCUUCUUCCUCCAGCCCCGGGGACCUGAUGGGCCCCCCGAGCCACCGCCAACUGACUCGCCCGCCACUGCACCCGGCCCGGACGAUGCUGAGGGGACGGUGGACACCUCCCUGUGCCGCCUGUACCGGCACGUGUCGCACGACUUCCUGGAAAUCCGCUUCAAGAUCCAGCGGUUGCUGGAGCCGCGACAGUACAUGCUGCUGCUGCCUGAGCACGUGCUGGUCAAGAUCUUCAGCUUCCUGCCCACGCGCGCCCUGGCGGCCCUCAAGUGCACCUGCCACCACUUCAAGGGCAUCAUUGAGGCUUUUGGCGUGCGGGCCACAGACUCGCGCUGGAGCCGCGACCCGCUCUACCGCGAUGACCCUUGCAAGCAGUGCCGCAAGAGAUACGAGAAGGGCGAUGUGUCGCUCUGCCGCUGGCACCCCAAGCCCUACCACCACGACCUGCCUUAUGGACGUUCCUACUGGAUGUGCUGCCGCCGAGCCGAUCGCGAGACGCCCGGCUGCCGCCUGGGUCUGCACGAUAACAACUGGGUGUUGCCCUGCAAUGGGCCAGGCGGUGGGGGCGGCCGGGCUGGCCGGGAGGAGGGGAGGUGAAGCCGGGGGAGGGGGGGGGAAGAGCCCACCAUGCCCACCCCCACCCCCUCCGCCUGGGAGCCGAGGGUCAGGACUGGGUCACCAGCCCAUACCCUCAGCCCAGGCAGCAUUGAUCCCCCUCCAGAACUGCGAUGGUGUUCAGGGGGAUGACCCAAGAAAGCACUCUGAUUGACCCCUACUGGUUUUCUACUCUUCAGACCCUCAAGCAGGGUGUUUUUUUAUCAGCAUCUCAAUUUCUUCUACAUUCAGCCCCAGCGCCCUCCCUGCCACUCUUCAUACCCCAGGGACCUACAAGCAGGGAGCAGACGGCAGCUAAUUUUGGUACUACUUAAGGGUUCCCCCAUUCUGGCCCCCUUCCGUUCCCUCCCCUCGGUUCUUUCCCUCUGGAGCUGUUUUUUUUUCCCCAGGAGGCUGCAGCACCCAGGGUUGGUACCCUUCCUAACCUACUACACCAGGGCUCACCUCCUCUUUAGGAACUGGGGCCAUUAGAUCAAAGAUCACAUUUGGCAGUUUUCAUGGCCACCUGCCAUUUCCCCAUUAAAACAAUAAAAAUCAGUUUUCUCCUUAACCUCAAGCUACCAGUCUCUCUACUUCCCCUAAAGGGGAAGAGGAGAAAAAAGUUGAAGUGUAAAAAUUCUCCUCCUCCCAAUAUUUAAGCUAUUGCCAUGACUCUCCCCCCUCCCCGCUGCAAAAAAGCUGUGAAGCCCUUUGCCUCGCUCUGGACAGCGUCGGGGGCCGGUGGGCAGGGACUGUGGCUUUGAAUUUCUGGGUUGUUUUUCCUUCUACUCUGGGUACUUGUUCAGGUGUUGGGGUCUCUCCACCCCCCAUCCACAUGUGUUUCUUUAGAAGCCUUUGGUCAACCAAGACCUUGACCUUCAGGCAGUUUGAUCUGGGGUAUUUUUGUUUGUUCUGUUUGAGAUGUGUUUUUGUUGUUUUUUUGUUGUUUUGUCUUGGUUUUGGUUUUUCAUCCUUGUGGUUCUGGAAAGCUUCUAAUGUGUGGCAUCUGACCGAUUUUGAACUGGUCCUUUCUAUAAAAUCAGUAUUUAUAAGGCUGGGCCCAGACUGGUUUGUGUGUUGUUCAGGGAAGGGGUCUGGGAGAGAAGGGAGUCAUGGGCCAGUGCAUGGUGAAAUGGAAAAAGUUGAGAGAAGAAUGCUUAGCCGAGUCCCUUAGCCUGAGAUUAUUUUUGACUCUUCAUCUGUGUCCUUUUGGAUUCGAAAACCUCAAAAUAGUAGACGCUCAAACAAGGUAGUUUUUAUUUCUUUAGAAACCCAGCGUUUGGCAGGUAUGGUGGACCUGAAUUCAUCUGGAACCCAGGCUCCUUCUAGCCCACUAUUCCAUUAUUCUUUGGCUGCGGCCCUCAUCCUCAUGGUCCAAGAUGGCUGCUGGAACUCCACCCAUCACCAUUUUGCAGGAAAGGAAGUCCCUUGCCUCCCAGAAGUACCACAGUGUACUUCUGUGCGCAUCUUACUGGUCAGAACUUUAGCCACGUGGAAGGGCUGCAGAGGAGACUGGGAAAUGCAAUCCUUUAGUUGGAUGCAUUAUGCCCAACAAAAAACUCUUGCUAAAGAACCCUGUAAUUAAAGCUUUAAAAUAUUCAGAUAAUUAUUUACUAAAAGAAGAAGGAAAAAUGGAUAUUGAGCGGUGGCUAACAGUCUCUGACAUUCUUAUCAAGGAAUCAAAAUUUCCAGAGACUAGGCUAUAUCAUAGCAGUUAUUUAAUACUUAGAUUUUAGAAUCAAAGAAACCUGGGUUUGAAUCUUGGCUUGGUUUUGUGGGAUUUUUGGUUUCCUAUAGCAGGAAGGCCAGAUUAUUUGGACUCUCCUGCUGAAACCAGAAGUAAAAAAAAUCUGAAAAGCAUCAAAUAUUCAAUAAAAUACAGUUAAGGAUAUACUAAGCCAAAAAUUUAAGGGAAAGGCCCAUGGGGCCCUGAAGCCACUUUUGCUCUGAGGGUAUUUGCUGAUGUGAACAAACUUGGAUUUCCUAUUUGUAGCCUUACUGGGACAAGCAGGCAGAAGUCAAGGUCAAAGCCUGUCCAAGGUGAAUCUAAUAGGAGGUGGGAUCCCACCGAACUACAAGCUCAGGUAAGGCUGACCCAGAACACUGCAGAGAAGAUGUUUUAGGUGCUGAGGGAGGGACUUUCCUGGUGGUGCGGUGGUUAAGAAUCCUUUGCCUGCCAACGCAGGGGACAUGGGUUCAAGCCCUGAUCUGGGAAGAUCCCACAUGC